CUUUAAGAUUGGUUGGCUCCUGUUGGCUUGCUGCAAGAAACAAAGGGUUAUCUUAAUGUCCCAUUUGCCUGAUCAGCUUUGCCCCAGGAGACAGGCGUCCUACUCCUUGUUGUUUCCAUUGGGUCAGUCGCAGGGAAGGGGGUAGAGUCACCUUCAGAGGCACUGCUUUGCACAUUCCCCUGAUUGUCGCUUCUUUCAGGCUUUGCUAUCUGGCUGUACACCACAAAGGGAAGCAGAGAGCUGCAUUGCAUCCCAGGGUUUCAGGGUUUUUUUUUUUGGUAGGUUUGCAGUAGUUUUUCAGUUUCUUUGUGUCUGUUUGUAUUUGCACAAGCUUCAGCCUCUGAAAUGCUCCCGGAAUCAAUGGAUGUUAUUGUAAAUGGCUGAACAACUGUGCACUGGUUGGCUACACAUCGUUGCAGGCUCCUUGGAGAUUGAGGAAUGCACUUCUGCCAUCAUGAUGGAAGGAUUGAAAAAACGUACAAGAAAGGCCUUUGGCAUACGCAAGAAAGAAAAGGACAGUGACUCCACGGGAUCACCAGACAGAGAUGGUAAUAAAAAGACAAAUGGCGCUGCAAAUGGAUUUUAUGCAGAGAUUGACUGGGAGCGAUAUAAUUCUCCAGAGAUUGAUGACGAAGGCUACAGCGUCAGGCCGGAGGAUUCAACCUCCUCCCCCAAAGCAAAGCACUUUUUUUCAUCCAGUGAAUCAGAAGAGGAAGAAGACCACCGGAAAAAGUUUAAAAUUAAGAUUAAACCUUUACAAGCUAAAGACGCCUUAAACUGUACAGCAGCGUCUGUAGAUGUACUAAAAGCAUCCAUAGGCAACAUCGCCCUGUCUCCAUCCCCUGUGAAGCGUAGCCCAGGCCUGAUAAAAAGACACUUGUCAAGGGAAGAAAUAGCAAGACCCAGGCGUUCCACAGCAACACCCACCCCCAUUGCGGAGCCUGUCAGUAAGAAAGCACUAGAGGAUCCUACAGCUCUGUUCGGCCCACCUCUGGAAACAGCCUUUGAGGCACAGAAAACUGAAGUUGUAAUAGACGAGUCAGAAGUGUGGGGUGUCCCUAGACCCAGUGAACCAAAUCAAGAGGCCCCAUUACCAAGACCAUUUCCAACUGGAACUCCGCCUCCACUUCCACCUAAGAAUGUUCCAGCAACACCGCCUCAGACCGGUUCACCUUCAACAGAUGUCGCGAAUGGAGCUGUUUCAAAAAGUCCCAAGCCUGAGUCUGACACUGACGUCGCUACGUGGCAGCCGACUUCAAAUUCACUCGAGGAUCCUUCGGUGAAAGCAGGCAGGGAUCGCAAACUGCCAUCUAUCAGUGACUUGGACAACAUCUUUGGACCAGUAGAAUGCCCAAAACCCCAGGCAGAGAGCACAGAGAGCCAGUGGGUCUGUUUUUCGGAUGAGUCCCCAGAACACGUUGAUGAUGCUGAUGCUGAUGCUGCUGCCACUGCUCCCCCUACAACGCCUGCUCCUGCCCCUGCUCCAGUCCCAGCUCCUGCCCCAGCCCCAGCCCCAGCCUCUGCCUCUGCCCCUGCCCCUGCUCCUGCCUCUGCCCCUGCCCCAGCCCCUGCCUCUGCCCCUGCUCCUGCCUCUGCCCCUGCCCCUGCUCCUGCCUCUGCCCCUGCCCCUGCCCCUGACCCAGCCCCUGCCCCUGCCUCUGCCCCUGCCCCAACCCCUGUUCCUGCCUCUGCUCCUGUUCCUGCCCCUGCUCCUGCCCCGGCUCCUCCAGUGGUGUACCCCAGAGACAAACCUGUGUCCCCCCCGCCUGUCCCCCUGAUCUCACCCGUGCCAUCUGAGUCCAAAGCAGCUUCCCCCCCCGCUGAGCCCACACGCAACAUCCCCCCUCCCCUGAACUUAAACGGGAAGAGGAGUUCCGACCUGCCUCCAGGAAAAGACCAUGUCGUCGAAUCAACAGCGUCUCCCAAAGAGUUUGGGCAGGGUCCGAGAGCCACGCCCCCUCCGCCUCCGCCCCCCACCUACAGGACGGUGGUGUCCUCCCCGGGACCCUGCCCGGGGGCAGGCACUGGCAGUGGUUCUUCUUCCCCGGCUCGUCCUGCCACCCCAUUGGCUAGCUGCAGCACAACCCCGCCCCCUCCUCCUCCGCGGCCGCCCUCCCGACCCAAACUGCCUCCUGGGAAGCCUGGUGCCGGAGACGUGCCCCGGCCAUUCAGCCCUCCCGCCCACUCGUCCAGCCAACCCAUGGUGGCGCCUCUGGCUCGCGCUGAAAGCACGUCCUCCAUAUCAUCGACCAAUUCCCUGAGUGCGGCCACUACGCCCACUGUCGGUAAAGACCUCUCCGUUUCUGUUUCAGAAGAUGAUGCUUUUGUUGACAAACUGCCCACGUUUGACAGGCAUUGUGAUACACCUACAGAGAAUGACCAGCCUUCCUUGGUAUGGUUUGACAGAGGAAAGUUUUAUUUAACCUUUGAAGGCUCUUCCAGAGGGCCCAGUCCUCUGACCAUGGGUGCACAGGACACUCUUCCAGUGGCUGCAGCUUUCACAGAAACUGUAAACGCAUACUUCAAAGGAGCUGAUCCCAGCAAGUGUGUUGUGAAGAUUACAGGAGAGAUGGUGCUUUCGUUUCCAGCAGGAAUCACCAGGCACUUUGCCAAUAAUACCUCCCCGGCUGUUCUAACAUUCAGUAUAACAAACUACAGCAGGCUGGAGCACGUCCUGCCUAACCCCCAGCUUCUCUGCUGCGAUGCCACACAAUCAGAUGCCAACUCAAAGGAAUUCUGGGUUAACAUGCCAAGCCUAAUGACACAUUUAAAGAAAGUGGCCGAGCAGAAACCACAAGCAACAUAUUACAAUGUGGAUAUGUUAAAAUAUCAGGUAUCUGCGCAGAGUAUUCAGUCCACCCCCCUGAAUCUGGCAGUGAGUUGGCGAUGUGAGCCUGCCAGCACUGACCUCCGAAUAGACUACAAGUACAACGCGGACGCCAUGACAACACCUGUCGCUCUGAACAAUGUCCAGUUUCUAGUCCCGGUAGAUGGAGGGGUCACCAAACUACAGGCUGUGCUGCCCCCUGCUGCCUGGAACUCUGAACAGAGGAUUCUGUGGAAGAUCCCUGAUAUCUCUCAAAAGUCUGAAAAUGGAGGAGUGGGGUCUCUGCUUGCAAGGUUCCAGUUAUCCGAGGGCCCCAGUAAGCCAUCUCCUUUGGCGGUGCAGUUCACAAGCGAAGGAAGUACAUUGUCAGGCUGCGAUAUUGAGCUGGUCGGUCCCGGCUACAGAUUUUCGCUAAUUAAAAAGAGAUUCGCUGCAGGAAAGUACCUGGCUGAUAACUAAACAAUGGCUAACUGAGAUGCAGAGAACAUCUACUCAUUGGAUUGGAUGAAAUAAUAAAGGACUUUAAUCAUUAAAGUAAAAAGAAAUAAGAAAACAACAACACUUUUAACACUUUAUAUUCUACAAGUAAUCCAAGGUGACCAAUCCAGCAGUAUUAUAACUUCUAUAUAGAAUUGUCAACAGUUUUAAAGUGUAAUUAUUGUAUUUGUAAAAUGGAUUCAUUUCACAUCUAUGUUGCAGCAUUUUGCAUCUAUAUUGCCAUCUAGGUUAGCCACUCUUUCCUUUAAACAUGUAGGACCCAAAUCUGAUCAUAGGGCAAGGCACUGACAUUGAGGCAAAGGGCAUUAGUGCCUGAUUAUGGGGCGCUAGUGGGGUGCCAACGAGCCCAAUCAUACUUUGCCCUGUGAAAUGAUUUUGGUACCAUGUACUGCCCCAAAUUUUAAUGCCUGUGAUACGCGGUCCACCAUCCAAACGUAGUUGGAUGUGUAAAACAGUUUUGCUGUACACUAUUAUUAAUUUGAGACCCACUUUCCAGACACCAUCCCAAUACAAACAUGUACGUUAACAUAUACUUGGGCUGAAGGUGGGUCGUGCAUUUUCUCUCUGUUAGCAAGAGCAUUGCCAUUGCAGUCCGCGUUACAUAACAGAGGGCUGUUUGACGGUCAAUCAGAGUUCAGAUAACGUUAUUCUUCUGCACCUGCAAUUCAGAUUGUUUUGAGAACUUGAGGUCUGUUCACCAGUGUACCUUGUGGUGAAGCAGCAAACUCACUGAAACCAGUUGGGUCGUCUCUACUUGGGAAUUGGUUUAACAGGCCUACAUUUAGGACAUUGUUACUUAUUUAUGAUAAAAUAAAUUAUGACAUGUCCAACAAGAUGUGAAACUGAAAAUUCAGAUGGUCUCUUUUAAAGUCAUUUAGCGUUUUAAUUUGAUAAUGUGAAUAGUACAGUACAAAGGCAGCUUCAAUGAUAACUCUAUAUUUUGUAGUUGCAAUGUUUCAAAUGUUUUCCCAUAAGAAUGUAAAAAAAAAGUCAAAAAUCAGUACUAUAUAUCCUAAAGGGCCUCCUUGUAUUGUUGUGACACAGACAGCAGUGUUAGAGUUCACUGUAUGUUCCAGCACUAUAUUUAUUUAUUGACAAUACUGAUUUGUUGUAAUAUAUAUAUAUAUAUAUAUAUAUAUAUAUAUAUAUAUAUAUAUAUAUAUAUAUAUAUAUGAUUCUGUUUAUGAUUAUAAUUUGAAUAGUACCACUAUUUAGAAGCCCUAGAAUUAUAAAUAUUUUUCUUAUCUGUGUAUGUAGAUGGGUAUCCUGUGUACAGUAUAAUGCUAAGGUAUCACUUUAUUUUUAAUUUAUUUCAGAUAUAAUUUUUUUAACGCAAGAGUAACAGAUCAUGUAAGGUAUAUAUGGAAUAAAAAGAUGACAUCUCUAACUGGGUGCAUCAUGUUAAACAGUGAGAGUGUAAUAUAAAACAGUUACUGUUGGUGGCAGUUUCAAACACAGUUUCUUUUUUAUUGGCAUUGAUGUGUUUUUUUUUUUUUGCCGAAUUCCUUUCUGGCUGCUAAUAUAUAACGUGUAGUAUGAACUUAAUCAGAAUAAAAUCAGUGCUAGCAUUCAUGACUUGCAAUCUAAAAUGGGCUCUUUUAACGCUGCAUAAAACAAAUAGUUUUGAAAGGGUAAGAAUAGAAUAGAAAAUUGCAUCUUUUAGAUCGAGUCUACAGAACUGGUUAAAAAGUACUGUGCUAUUUUAAUCCAAAAAAUACUCUCUUUCAUUGGCUGAGAGCAAGAACGUUGGCAACAAAUAGCAACAUCGUAGCUUUGAGACAGGAGCUUUUAAAGCUUUCAAAUUCACAAGGCAUGCUCAUAGCCAAUCGUAUCUCAUUGUUUGAAUUUUGUAAUUAAAGUACAAUGUACUUGCACCCAGCCACUGACUACUGCAAAAUGUAUUGUCUGGAAAGUUUGGAUCAGUGUGUCCAUGAUUUAAGAGUCAAAGGAGAAAAAGGAUGUUUUGACUUGUACUGUGAGUAUUAAGAUUAGGGUUAGGGUCUUGACUUGUACUGUGAGUAUUAGAAUUAGGGUUAGGGUCUUGACUUGUACUGUGAGUAUUAGUUUACUUCUUGUUAUUUUGUAGGCUUCCUUCUAAAUAACCUGAGGUAAAAAAAAUGCCCUAUGUUUUACCUGCUUAUGGAGCAGUUACAGUACUUGAAUGCUUUUUUGCACUGGAAUUGCAAAGGAUAUUUUUUGUAGUGUUUAGAAACUUUAGUUUUCUCCUUGUCAAAGGUGCUGUUUACAUAAUGCAAUUUGGCAUUGAAACAAAAUGAAGUGAAACUGUUUGACAUUUAUAUAUUUUAGCAUUUUGUUUAGGUAAACAUUAAACAGCGACUGCACAUAAUAUUGUGCUGAAUGGCUAAAUGACAUUCUCCAGUGAUUGCUGACAUUCGAGAAUUGGCCUGUGAAGUUACAGCACAUCUCUACGGAGCAGCCUGCAAAGGCACCUCCUGAACGGUGUACAUUCCAUCAUUGUAUUUUUAUAAUAACAGCCCACCUGUCUUAAAACAAUGUCUUUUGGGAGCCAAAUAUUUAGCAUGUUAAAAAAAAAAAAAAGUAGGAAUCUGUCUGGGUCUGUUGUAGCUGGGAGUUGUACAGUAAUUUAAUCUUCGUCCUCUUCUGUGCCGGUAUGUUUUGGGUUCUCUCUCCCUAUGUCUAUAAGAAAUAUUCAGUAUGUUAUCAAUUUACAGUUAGUUUUCCUCUACAAAGGGCAUUGUAAAGGGAUAAAUGCAAGAUUUUAUUGAAUUUCCGCAGUUGUAAUGUCACAGAGAGUGUUCGAACACUGUUAUUACAGAACCACAUGCUGUAUGUGUACAAUCUACAUAUCUUUAGCUUUAAUACUGAGCAGUACAGGCCAUGCAAGCUGGUCUUAUGGUAACAUUUGAAUGGAGAUUUCCUUUUCGUUUUGCAGCAAAGGCUUCCUGCGUGGCAGCCGGGUUUCAAUUCGCAAUGUCAAAGGAAAGAAAUAAAAUGUCUCUAACCGGGAACAAGUUCCUUAGCAACAACAACGUAUUUUACCAGUAGUUGAAAAACAGAGAAAUAACCCUCAACAUGAACACAAACCAAGCAGAUAAACGACAUAUACUGUAUGACCAGAGUGCAUUUAGCAUUUGGUUUAUGAAAGCCUGACGGCCGUAUGAAUAGAGUUUCGCUUGGGGAGCUGUCUCUACAGACUCAAUUUAGGAUUUUCUUCUUUUAUUUUGCUGUUCUUUUGAACGGCUCAUCUGAAAGGAGUAGCUUUCCUAGAAGGGGCUCUGCUUUUCGGAGUCAUAAAGACGUUUUUGGUAACGCUUUUGAAAUGGUAUCAAGGAUGAAAUAGUUUCUUUCACUCGAGCCCCAUCUACCCUCUAUGUCUGGAUAUAUGUUGAGUUGUUGGGUCAGCAGAGUUGAAAGUUCACUUUGUCACAUGACAAACCUUUCAGUUCCGACCAUUAGGAUUCUCAGGCCAGCUCAAAGCCAGCUAAAGACAGUUGAUGGAGAAAAACAAUAAAUUUAGUAUUGGAACAACAGAACCUCAAGCUACUCAGAAAGAUUGCAGGUAAACACCAGACACCACAUCAGAAGAAGGAUUUUGCUUUCAAAAUAAAAAUAAACAAUAGAGGGUAUUUCAUUGCUCUAAAUUGUGUCAGGUCUCCACGCUGACCACUUUAAUAUCAUUAAGAUAGGGCUGUCCCUGGCGUUUUACAUGUUGUACAGAUGCACUGCCUUCACUGGUAAGAGAUUUCAAAUCAUUAAGAUAAGGCACUCCCUGGCGCGUUUCAUGCUGCUUUCACUGUUAAGAGAUUUCCAUAACACAGGUCCAACACAGGUCUAAAGUAUUUUAAAUUUCAAUUAAUGAAAUAAGUCCCAGUAAGUGUUGAUUUCAGCAGCCUGCACUGCGAUUGCAGUUUGUGUUAAGCUUACAUUUGCUGACACUUCUCUGUCUCCUAGUAAAGCCGUCUGUGCUUCUGCUUGGUUUCAAAGCCUUAUUGGUAAACUACUGUACUAUGAAGGAAAUUACAAUUUGCUUGUUUCUGAAGUGUUUUGGCUGCUGGUAAUGUGAAUGUGUGAUUUAAAGAUCUAUGAGAGAGAAACUGUCACCUGUGUAAUGUUAUUUGCCUUAUAGAUUAGUUUAACAUGUAUGGAUAUCAAACCCUCUCUGUAUAUAAUUACUUUUUUUUCCUUUUUUUCAAAUGUUAUUUAAUUUAGCUGUGUCUCGAUGUUAUCCAUUGUACAGAAUACUGAAUAUGCAAUUAUGUUUUAUUGUAAAUGUACUUAAAAAAUGGAUUUCCCAUUUAAGAACAAAGUUUUGAAACUAUAUAAACAGAAUGACCAUAAUGUAAUAACUGUAUAAGAUGUCAAUCAAUGUCAGUUUUCUUGGAAAUAAAGUGGAAAAAAAUACGAAACUAUGCUUGUUUCUACACUCAA